UCCCUCUCUCUCUGAAAUGAUACCCCUCUCCACUCCCACACUACACUACUAGGGAACACGACGAAUGCGCAUCAACCAGAUUAAAGUGGGAACUUCAGGCUGCUAUCUGACCCUGGUUUCUUGGAGUGCCGUCGUACUCAAGGGAACCAUGCAUUCCAAACAUUAUUCUUUCCUUGCACAAAUACAAACUGUAGCGUGGCCAGGAAUCGCCGGAAACUUGUGCGCUUGCACUGAAAACAAAACACUGGAAGGAUGUUACUUUUCUUGGUCAAUUGGUCUGUGAUUUCGAUUGAACUGUGAUGUUUCCACAUAAUCUGUACAGCGGUUAGAUGAAAGAUUACUUUGAUCAAACUGCGCAAUUUGCGAUCCUCGCCCUGUCUAUCCCUGAUUGGAAUGCGAGAGGAGAAUGGGGAGGAAAAGACGUGUCUAUCCAGAAUGGAUAUAACCUCAACCACUUUUGCUGCGCCGAACUCAUCAGAGGAUACGAAUUCCACGAGUGCCCCGAGGCCUCUACCUCACUCCCAGAGCGCCGCCGUCUUCAUCGUGCUCAUGGUCACUGUUAUCAUUCUGGUGACGAUCGUGGGAAAUGUACUGGUUGUGGUGGCCGUUUUCACCAGCCGUGCGCUCCGUGCGCCGCAGAAUCUCUUCCUUGUCUCCUUGGCAUCGGCAGAUAUCUUAGUGGCUACCUUGGUCAUACCUUUCUCCCUCGCCAACGAGGUCAUGGGUUACUGGUACUUUGGGAGCACCUGGUGUGCCUUCUACCUGGCCCUUGACGUCCUCUUCUGCACGUCCUCCAUUGUGCACCUCUGCGCCAUAAGCCUGGACAGGUACUGGUCUGUAACCAAAGCUGUUAGCUAUAACCUGAAGAGGACGCCAAAGCGUAUUAAGUGUAUGAUCACCGUCGUCUGGGUCAUAUCUGCGGUCAUCUCUUUCCCACCGUUGCUUAUGACCAAACACGACGAGCACGAGUGCUUGCUCAACAACGAAACAUGGUAUAUUCUCUCGUCUUGCCUGGUCUCAUUUUUCGCCCCUGGACUAAUCAUGAUUCUGGUAUAUUGUAAAAUAUAUAGAGUGGCCAAGCAGCGCGCAUCGACCGUGUUCGCGGCCAAGAACGGGAUGGAGAGACAGCCUUUGGAGUCGGAAACUUGCUUUGUGCCCAGGGGGAAAUUUGAGGUGGAGAGCCCCAGCAGCCCCAGUUUAGGUGGCCACCCACGGAAAGGAGAGCUGGACGAUAUAGACCUGGAAGAGACCUGUGCCCCCGAUAGCAAACCCAAGAAAUCCCACUUCUCCAAGAGAGGGAAAGUGGAGGGUGCGAACACGUUCACAAAACAGAGUUGCCGCGCGCCAUCGGCUUCGAAACGCAACGCACCGCUCUCUCAGGACCAAAGGACGAGACAGAUGUCACUGUCAAAGACAAAACUGGCACAGAUGCGUGAAAAGCGCUUUACAUUUGUCCUUGCAGUGGUGAUGGGGGUGUUUGUCCUCUGCUGGUUCCCCUUCUUUUUUACAUACAGUCUGCACGCAAUAUGCAGAGAUAGUUGCCCGAUUCCGGAUGCUCUCUUCAAUCUGUUUUUCUGGAUUGGUUACUGCAACAGUUCAGUGAACCCUAUCAUUUAUACAAUAUUUAAUCGCGAUUUUCGGAGAUCUUUCAAAAAGAUCAUAUGCCAGACUUCACACACAUAA